AUGAAAAAAUAUUGUUUUCCUUUGAAUGAUAAUCAACAAUGUGAACUUGCCUUAUUAUUUUCAACAAAAGGAAAUGGACAAUUUAAUUAUUUUGAUUUUAUGCAACAUUUUUCUAAUCAAUCAUCAUUAAAAAAUCGUAAUCUAAAUAUUUUUUCUCGUUCAACAUACGUUAUUCAAUCAAAACAAUCUUGGACAUGUUUACCAAUUACAAUUAAUUGUAUUCUUAAUCGAAUUCGUACUCAAUGUGUACAUAAUUAUGGAAAUAUCUACCGAGUGUUUAAAAUAAUCGAUAAAAAUCGUCAAGGAUAUUUAACUCAAAUUGAAUUUAAACAUUUACUUAAACAAUUUGAUAUUGAUCUUGAUGAAGAAGAAUUCUAUCAUGUUACAUCUGAAAUAGAUAAAAAUCAAGAUGGAGUUAUUUCUUAUAAUGAACUCUAUUAUGCAUUAAUUACUGAUGCUUUAAUAAUUUGA